AUGGCCGGGCACCAGGCAGCCCAGGGCGACGGUGGGCAGGCCCGGUGGGCGAUCAGAGUUGUCCCAGUGGAGGAAACCCUCUACGGGUUUUACUCGAGGUAUUUCCUCGUCCCCAAAAAGGGAGGGCGGAGAAUGAGAGCUAUCCUGGACCUCCGUGCACUGAACCGCCACCUGAGGAAAUACAAAUUCAGGAUGCUGACCCACGCAGCUCUGCUACUGUUUGUGCGGGCGGGCGACUGGUUCACAUCAAUCGACCUGAGGGAUGCAUAUUUUCACAUCCCCAUUUAUCCCCCCCACAGGAAGUAUCUGAGAUUUGCCAUCCAGGGGAUAGUUUACGAAUUUGUGGUCCUACCGUUUGGCCUGUCACUGAGCCCGAGGGUGUUUGUAAAGUGCACCGAGGCUGCUGUAACCCCCCUGAAGGGAGGCAUUCGAGUGGCCACAUACAUAGACGACUGGCUGGUAGCAGCCCCCACCUGUCAGGAGGUGGCCCAACACACAGAUGUUCUGGUACGCCAUCUGGGGAAUUUGGGUUUUCAAAUAAACUUAGAAAAGAGCGUUUUGACCCCACAACAGCACGUCACCUUCAUCGGGCUCACUUUGGACUCCCUCCUGUUCAAAGCUUUUUUGUCACCGGAGAGGGUGGAGACGAUGCUGUCCAGCCUUGGCCUGUUCCGCAGAGGAAGUGUGGUUACCCUCAAACAGUGUCAGAGGCUGUUGGGCCUGAUGGCCUCAGCGGUCCCAGUCACACCGCUGGGAGGCCUGCACGUGAGAGGAGCACAACGCUGGGUUGCCUCCCUAGGCUUGGAUCCACACCGCGACGGCCGUCGUCUAGUGAGGGUGCCCAUGCACUGUUCUCUAGUACUUCGCCAGUGGAAGGGGCCAGGUUUCCUGACUCAAGGGGUUCCGCUGGGAACUGUGUCCUCCAGGAAAGUGGUUUCGACAGAUGCCUCCUUAGCAGGCUGGGGGGCCACUCACGAGGGGAGAACAGUGAAUGGGAGAUGGGACCCUCACAUGAGUUCCACCCACAUCAAUUGCCUGGAGCUGCUGGCGGUGCAUCUGGCUCUAAAACAUUUUCUCCCCUGGCUGAGAGGUCUUCACGUUUUGGUGAGGACGGACAACUCCACUGUAGUGGCCUACAUCAAGAGACAGGGGGGACUAAGGUCACCUUGGUUGCACACACUGGCACACAGACUGAUAAUAUGGAGCAGUGGGCAUCUGCUGUCCCUAAAGGCAACUCACAUACCUGGGGUUCUAAAUUACGGUGCAGUUACCUCUGUGCAGGGAUCUGCUGUCCCAAGCACAGGGGGAAAUUUUUCACCCAUAUCCAGAGAGGCUGGCGCUAUGGGCAUGGCCCGUGAGCGGUUCAACCUGAAUACAUCAGGGCUGCCCCUUUCUGUCAUUGACACUAUUCAGUGUGCUAGGGCACCUUCAACUAGGACAUUGUAUCAUCACAAAUGGGCUGUGUUUGAAAACUGGUGCACAGAAGUUCAGGCUGUGCCGUUUCAGUGCUCAGUGGAAGUGAUUCUUUCAUUUCUUCAGGACCUCAUUGACAAAGGCAAAGCCUUUUCAACCAUCAAGAAAAAACAAGAUACUAAAAUAGCUGAUCGAGAUCAGUCCAGUUUACAGACACGAGUCGCUGUUUCAGAAGCUCCAGCAGCAAAGACCUGCACAGAGAACCCCAAACAGAGGACUACUUGGCUGUCAAGGCUGUUCGGUCGGCCCCUGAGAAAAGAUAUAUGCUGUGUAAAGACUAAGUCCUCAGAUGGUGAAACUACCAGUAAAGCACCCCAGCCUGAGGAGAAAACCAAGAAGAAGAAACAGAAGACUUGGUGGAGCUUCAGAAGAAAAAAUCGAGUUUCUCCGAUUUGUGACGAUGACUUUCAGGAAGCUGUCAGAAGAAUAGCUAAAGCUCAAGAGGUGAUACAAAACCACCACAGCUACAUCCAAGGACUACAUGGGGGGAUGAACAGCCACAAAAAAGAAAAGGCUGCCUCUGAUGGGAAAAUAAAAGAAUCACGAAAUGCAGGAGACAAAAGGGUUAGAUUCACCACAGAGAUGGUCAGAAGUCUUGAGAAACCAGAAAACAACAGAGAGAAGUUCAACGUCCACCCCACUGAUGGAGCAACCAGCAUCAUGUCCCAGCAGGUCCUGCGUCCUGGCUUCCCGAACCCAGCCCGGAGCUGCUACAUGAACUCCAGCCUCCAGACUCUGCUGACACUCAAAGAGUUUGUGGAAGACGUCCGCUCCCAGGAGGACUUGUUUGGACAGUGUCAUGAGGCUGAGCUGAUGAAAUGUUUCAUGAACAUUGUUAGAUGUCACAACUCAGACAAUGCCCUCCUAAAGCUUCACAUCCUCAAUAAGUUUAAGAGGGUCAUUUCUGCGAAGGCGCCAGAAUUUGAGGAUGCUGGAAACAAAGAUGCCCAUGAGUUCCUGACAGCCGUCCUAGACCAGAUGGACAGCCUGGCUUUACCUCUGCAUCAGACGGCAGCCAUUGUGGGGGGAAACUACACCUGCCCCAUAGCAAGAAACUUUGCAUUCGAAAUGCAGAACACCAGGACAUGUAAAAGAUGUGGUGACCAGUCCAUCACACAGGAGAACUUCACCAGUCUCUCUCUGGACCUGAUUUCUGAACUUUCAGUGCAGCAGCUGCUCCAGAUGUACCAAAUGGAGACACAGCUGGAGUACAUGUGCGACUGUGGUGGAACGACAUCAGGACGAGAGACCACAUUUCUGACCCUCCCAAAAUACCUCAUAUUACAUCUGAAGAGGUUUAAGUUCACUGAGGACCUGCAGAUGAUGAAGCUGCAUGACCCCAUCAUCCUCCUCAAGGAGCUGAUGAUGACCUCCCACCAGGAUGAAGGUUGGUACAGCCUGGUUAGUGUCAUCAGCCAUCUGGGAUCAUCAUACGAUGAUGGACACUACGUGAGUGACGGGUUGCACCCGUACGAGGACCAGGACAACAACGCUGAGCAUUGGCUCCACUACGACGACGUAAACGUCUACUAUAACACCGGAGCUAAUGCCAGAGAGGCGUGUAAGAACACGUCAUACGUCCUUUUCUACCAGAGAAGGGUGUAGAUGAAGAUCUGAGACGAUCCAGCUCAGGUAAGUAUGGAGGCAGAUUCAUCUGUUGUUGUUCUGUGGUUUUUCUUGCAGCAGCCCUCAGGAGGAGGGGUUUACCCCAGAGAGCCUGGUUCCUCCCGAGGUUUCUUCCUAAUGGGGAGUUUUUCCUCGCCACUGUCGCCCAAAUUCAAACUCAUCUAUUUAUUC